AUGUGGAUUGCUUUCAACAAGAAGCUACGUACCAAUGCUUGGAGAAGCAAGUGGUCUUCCACUUCUGUUGUUUGCCCGUUUUGUGACGCUGGCACAGAGGACGUUAUGCAUAUUCUUAGAGACUGCCUUUAUGCAUCCGAGAUCCUGCGUCUGUUUUCCUUCAAACAUGGAGGAAUUUUGCUCACCUUGGGAUGGGUUAAGUUGAAUGUGGAUGGUGCCAUGUGCGUCACCAAUAAGAAGUCAGGCUGUGGGGGCGUUUUACAUGAUGAUGCUGGUAAGUGGAUUGCCGGUUUUACUCAUUUUAUUGGCUUCUGUAAUGCUAAUGAGGCUGAAAAGUGA